CAAUAUCUUACAUCCAAAAUGGGCAGGAUCGUCUUUUAUGAGGACAAGAACUUCCAGGGCCGUCGCUAUGAGUGUGACAGCGACUGCUCAGAUUUUCACACCUACCUGAGUCGCUGCAACUCCAUCCGCGUGGAGAGCGGCGCCUGGGUGGUGUACGAGAGGCCGAACUACAUGGGCUACCAGUAUGUGCUGACCAGGGGUGAGUACCCGGAGUACCAGCGCUGGAUGGGCCUCAAUGACCGCCUGAGCUCCUGCAAGACGAUCCACUUUACCAGCGGGACCCUGUACAAGAUGCAGCUGUAUGAAAAGUCUGACUUUGGCGGACAGGCCUGCGAGGCCACGGACGACUGCCCCUCACUCCUGGACAAGAUCCGCUGGAGGGAGGUGAACUCCUGUAAGGUCUACGACGGCUGGUGGGUCUUCUAUGAGCACCCAAACUACCGCGGACGCCAGUACUUCCUGGAGAAGGGAGAGUACCGUAAACCCGGGGACUGGGGCGCCCUCAGUCCCGCGGUCCAGUCCUUCAGGCGCUUCAUGGAAUGAUUCUCACCCCGACAUAAAGGCACUGGGAGACGAGUCUGUGCUUCAUGUCCAGUGUCCACUGAGUGACUGAGUCUCAAAUAAAACCCUCCUCAGAAAGCA